AUGGCGCAGCAUUCCAACAUCGCACGGUCGGCCAUGACGUCGGCCACCUCUGAUCCUGACCAGAGGAGUAAUAAAAACCAGCGACCCUACGGUGUCAGCUCCAAUGGGCCUAGCCCGGGAAACGAUGGAACAAGCCUUAUGCCUCCGCCCAAGACUGUUGUCGGGCGAGCGCUAGGGAAUGACCUGCAUUCCGAUGCCCACAAAACACAGCUUGCGACCAAGGGCGGAGUCGGAGCCGCCCUGAGUGACACUCCGGUUUCUACCGCACCCCCGUCUCCACAGAUAUCGGGCCGGACUCAGCCUGGCACUCCCAGCCGCGUGCGAGCGACCACUCUUGAUAUCCCCGGCCUGACCAAGUCCAAGGUCUCUCCCGAUGGCCGGAUUGCCCAGCGCGAUGUCGGCGCGAAACUGGUCAUUGUUAUGGUCGGUUUGCCGGCACGAGGCAAAAGCUACAUCACCAAGAAGCUGGCCCGGUACCUGAACUGGCUUCAGCAUGAUACCGAAAUCUUCAACGUUGGGGAACGCCGCCGUGUUGCGGCCGGCAGGUCUCCCUCGCCUGCCAAGAUGAACCUUGGCCUGGAUAAGAGCCCCAAUGCCAUCCACAAGGAUUUGGUCGACUCCGUGCGGCGCUUGAGCGUCAGUGUGAACUCGGAGCCCGCGCUGUCCGAGAAUGAAGCGACGCUGCCGCCUCCCGUGGUUCCAGCCAAGAUCCUCGUGAAUGAUAAAGAACCCAGUUCUAUUUCUGAGCAUGGAAGCAUUGUUAUACCGUCUACCGAUGCCGGCCCAGCCAAAUCCGCCCAGCCGAAUGACAAGGCCGUGAGGGAAUCGUCUCCGGAACCUAUGGACCAGUCCGCCAGCUUUUUUGACCCGCAGAACGAACGUGCCGUCAAGCUGAGAGAGCAGGUCGCGCUGGACACUCUCGAUGAACUGCUCGACUACAUUCUAGAACAGGGCGGCAGUGUUGGCAUCCUGGAUGCGACCAACAGCACCAUGGAGCGACGCAAGGCCAUCGUUGAUCACAUUCGCGCAUGCGCGGGUCCUGAACUGGGCAUCCUGUUUCUAGAAAGCAGAUGUGUGGAUGAAGGCCUACUGGAGGCCAACAUGCGCCUGAAGCUCUCCGGACCGGACUACAAGGGCCAGGAUCCGUCCCAGGCGUUGGAGGAUUUCAAAAAGCGGGUGGCUCUCUACGAAAACUCCUAUGUUCCUCUGGGUGAAUACGAGGAGCAGCACGACAUGGCCUAUAUCCAGAUGAUCGACGUCGGCCGCAAGAUCGUUUCUCACCAGACCCACGGCUUCCUUUCCUCACAGGUCGUUUAUUACCUACUGAACUUCAAUCUCUCUCCCCGCCAGAUUUGGAUCACACGACAUGGCCAGAGUACGGACGACGAGGCGGGCCGCAUUGGUGGAGAUGCCGAUCUUAGCGACAAUGGUCGGCGGUACGGCAAGGCUUUGAAUCGCUUCAUUGAUCAUCAACGGCGCCAGUGGGAGAUAUACCAGCAACAGAAGAAUCUAUUGAAACAUUUCCCUCCGCGACCUGGCGACAGCACUCCGCCCAACCCGUCCUAUAUCCCGCGAGACCGGCCGCGCAAUUUCUGUGUGUGGUCGUCCAUGAUGCGGCGGUCUGUUCAGACGGUGGAGUAUUUCAACGAGGAAGACUAUGACGUUAAGGAGAUGAGAAUGCUGGAUGACAUUCACGCCGGGAAGAUGGAGGGCAUGACAUACGACGAGAUUCGACGUCAGUAUCCAGAGGAAUAUGCGCAUCGCAAACGGGAUAAGCUCUACUACCGGUACCCCGGACCGGGUGGUGAAGGAUAUCUGGACAUCAUCAAUCGGCUGCGCACGGUGAUCGUCGAGAUCGAGCGCACCACUGACCAUGUCCUUCUCGUCAGCCAUCGAUCGAUCUGCCGCGUGCUCCUGGCAUACUUCCGUGGUCUGAAGCGGGAAGAGGUUGCCGACCUCGAUGUCCCCUUGGGCAUGCUCUACAUGCUGGAGCCCAAGCCAUAUGGAGUGGAGUUCAAGGCAUACCGCUACAACCCUGACAGCGACUGGUUCGACUACCUUCCCGACUACGAACUGCACCAGGUCAGCGGUCGCCCGGCCUCGUAG